AUGGCACCUCAGGGAGAUGCCGACUACUGCAGAGACAAGGCCCGCAGGGACCUGCUGGCCCUGCUUGAGGGCGCUCGGGGCAAGAAGAACCUCGUUAUCAGUCAGGAGCUGGCCGGUCCAGUCGGCCUGUUCGUCAAAUUCUCCGUGUUACAGGAAUACGGCGUAGAUCGUGUGUUUCUGCUGGAAAAUGCAAACAUCGACUCGUCUCAGCGAAAUGUCGUAUUCCUCAUCCGCGGUGAGAAGGCGCAGCAUGUGCGCAUUGUGGCAGAACAAAUUAAACGCUUGCAAAACAAUGGAAACGUGGAGCAUGAGUUCUCCAUCUUCUUUACACCUCGGCGGACUCUGGUGAGCAAUGCUGUUUUGGAAGAAGCUGGAAUCACUGGCGAUGUCAAUAUCGCUGAGUUUCCGCUUUAUUUCUUGCCACUAGAGCAAGAUGUCCUGUCGCUGGAACUGGAUAGUGCCUUCGGCGAUCUUUACUUGAACAAAGACCCAGGCUGUAUUUUCCAUUCGGCCAAGGCAUUGAUGGGCAUCCAGCAGAGACACGGAUAUUUCCCUCGCAUUGUCGGAAAAGGUGACAAUGCGCGUCGCUUGGCAGAUCUUUUGCUGCGAAUGCGCAAAGAGCUCGAUGCAGAAGAAAGCUCUGGAUUGGCUGAUCCGUCUGCACGAGGGCUACUCCCCAGCGCGAACACAGAAAACCUGAUCAUCAUUGACCGCGACGUGGAUUUUGGUACUCCUCUUUUAACACAACUCACCUACGAAGGCCUGAUUGAUGAAUACGUGGGCAUCAAGAACAACCAAGCUGAUGUUGACACCAGCAUUGUGGGACAGGGGCCUGCGCCUCAGACUCAAGAGUCAUCCAAGACACCUCAGCAGGGAAAGCCAGGAAUGAAGAGGAAGAUUCAACUUGAUGCAUCGGAUCAGCUGUUCAAUCAACUGCGCGAUGCAAACUUUGCAAUCGUGGGCGACAUCCUGAACAAGGUCGCUCGUCGCUUAGAAACAGAAUAUGAAAGCCGCCAUACAGCAAAGACAACAAACGAGCUCCGGGAAUUUGUCAAUAAGUUACCCACCUACCAGCUAGAACACCAAUCUCUCCGAACCCACACCAAUCUUGCAGAAGAGAUCAUGCGCUUGACCCGCUCCGAGACCUUCCGGAAGAUCCUGGAGGUACAACAAAACAAUGCCGCAGGAGCCGACCCCACAUAUCAACACGAGACAAUCGAAGAGCUUAUCGCCCGUGAUGCUCCCCUGAAGAAUGUGCUUCGGCUCUUGUGUCUAGAAUCUUGCAUGGCCGGAGGCCUUCGUCCCAAGGACCUCGAAAACUUCAAGCGCCAAGUCGUUCAGGCAUACGGGCACCAGCACCUCCUAACCUUCUGGGCUCUGGAAAAAAUGGAGCUCCUCCAGCCUCGAUCUUCGGCAACAACUAUGCUUCUCCCCACUUCUGGAUCCCAGGCUGGCACAAAGACCAACUACGGAUACCUGCGGAAGAACCUACGCCUGGUCAUCGAAGAAGUGAGCGAGAAAGACCCCAACGACAUCUCUUACGUCUACAGUGGAUUUGCCCCACUCAGUGUGAGACUGGUCCAGUGCGUCUUGCAAAAACCAUACAUCUUAUCCCUGAUUAAAGGUGGAUCACCCGCAGCUUCCAUAAAUAACGCUAGCACUGCCUCGCCCGGCUGGCUUGGCUUUGAAGAUGUGGUCAAGAGUGCUCGUGGAUCCACAUUCAGCAUCGUUCAGAAGGGCGAUGACAAGGCUGUUCGGGCCCGCCAGACUCUUAGCGGUAACAAUGCUACGAAGGUUGUGUAUGUCUUCUUCCUGGGUGGUAUUACCUUCACGGAGAUUGCUGCACUGCGCUUCAUCGCGGCCCAGGAGGCACCACGCCGGAAGAUCAUCAUCUGUACGACCGGCAUUGUUAGCGGCGAUCGUAUGAUGGACGCUGCUAUUGAGAAGCAGAGCUUCGCAAAGGUGGAGUAG